AUUUUUCCAGCUCCAAUGGUGAUCAUCAUUCCGAAUAUCCACGAUACCUUCUCUAUCAAAAUGGGGUGGACUGUCAUCCCAUUCAUGGCAAUAGUGCUGAUUGCUGUAACACCAGCUCUCUCGUGGCGACAGUAUCGUAUACGCCGAAGCAUUGAUCUCUCCGUCACCAACCCACUAAUACCAGAUAAUAAACUACCGACCGAUCUAGUUCCGGUCAAAUACGCGCUGCAGCUAGAGAUUGAUGCCGAUCAGCUAGCAUUUCAUGGCAACGUCAAUAUAACAAUGGCAUGUGCUAAACAAACGAAUCAGAUUAAUCUCCAUGCUCACAAUGAUCUGAAUGUUGACGAAGGGAAUAUCGAGAUUGUUGAAUACACCGCUGGCGACAACGGAAAAGCGAACACGCUGAAAAUUCGUCGUGUCGAUAGAGUACCGAAAAAGCCACUUUUAGUUAUAUAUUUCCAUGAUGACCUCACUGUUGGCACUACAUACGAGGCACGAAUCAAUUUCAAAGGCAUGAUAUGGGAAAACACUGAAGGACUAUUCCAAGGAAAAUACAAAACUCACGAUGGAGACCAACAGGAAGAUCACUCCUACUUCGCAUCAUACUUCCGACCAAAUCACGCCAGGCGCGUUUUUCCCUGCUUUGAUGAGCCCUCGUACAAAGUGCCGUUCCUAGUAACGAUCGUACGUCCCAAACAUUUGAAAACGUUGUUCAACACUGAAGUGAUAUCGAGUGAAAACUUGGCCCAAGAUAAAGUUGCAGAUACUUUCGAUACAACUUCUCCAAUAUCGACAUUCGCGUUAGGUUUUGUGAUGUCGGAUUUAACGGAAGUCGUUAGUGAUCAGGAUUCAGAGGGUGCAACCACAAAACCCAUCAUAAGAAUUUGGGCACGAAGAGAUUUCCAUGAUCAGGUAAAAGAUGUGAAGAUGAAAAUACAAACCGUUUUGGAUCACCUCGUGAAGUUUUGGAAUGUCAGUUUUCCGUUGAACAAGCUCGAUAUUGUUGCCUUGCCUAACUUUUCCUCCGUCAAACCAGCUGACAAUUGGGGUUUAGUGGUCUUCAGGGAAAGUGAUUUGCAAAACGGAUACUACGGCAUUGCACAGGAACUAGUUUACCAAUGGUUGGGUACAUGGAUUAGUCCGCAUUGGUGGAGCGAUGCCCAUGUUAACAAAGCUGUUGCAGGAUUUGUUGCCGCGGCAACAACCAUCGAUAUCGACAAUGGACUUGAAUUUGAGGGCAAAUGGCCAAUGACGAUACUCUAUUCGAUAUACUAUGAGUUCAGUAAACGGUACCCUCAUUCCCGAAUAACGGCUAUCAAACAAGAAACCACGUGCAGCAAAACUGAAUUGGUACUUCGCAUGCUUAAUCUGACUCUAGGGGCAGACACGUUCCAAAAAGGUAUGCAAAAGUUUAUCGAACAUCGAGAAUGCAAAACCUUUGUGAGCAACGACAUUUGGGAAGCACUCACCAAACAAGCCCAUUUGGAUCGCAAACUCUGUGAAACGGCUACUAUUAACGAGAUCGCAGAUUCGUGGGUUACAAAGGAUCGCAUCCCGAUGGUAACCGUUCAUAGGGAUUACCAGAAAAAUACGGCAACUAUAACGCAACGGGUAUAUCUUCGUGAAAGACCUCAUGAUGUUCCUGAACAGGACAAAAUGCUUUGGUGGAUUCCAUUAGUGGUUGUUCAACAAGAUAAUCUGAAUUUUACUAAUACCAGUGCCACCAAAUGGAUGAAAAAGGUUAAACAAGUGACAUUGGAAAAUUUGACUAACGCAGACAAUUUUAUAAUUAUCAAUCCCGAAGAGAUAGGACCUUUUCCAGUGAAUUAUGAUGAGCGAAAUUGGAAUCUACUUGCAAGUUAUUUAUUGGAUGAAGGUGGUCGUUCGAAGAUUCCAGUUUAUACAAGAGCCAAAUUACUGCACGAUGCUUGGAAUUUGGCAUACGCAGGUCAUCUCAGUUUCGCAACAGCCUUCAAUAUGACCCUUUUCAUGCAAUUCGAGCGAAACCAUCUAGUUUGGAAUCCGGUGUUUACCCUAAUCGACCAUAUUGGCAGACAUAUCGACAUGUCAGCCGUACAUAAAAAGUUUGAGAUUUAUGUGCGAACGCUGCUCACACCUUUGUAUGAAGAACUUGCACAAAACCAAUACGAAGGGGAAGAAAAAUGGAAAACUAAUCUACGAUCAUUGGCGAAAACAUUUUUGUGUCGUGCAGGAUAUAAACCUUGUAUAGAAGAAGCUCAAAAAGUGUUCAAAAAAUGGAUGGACAGCCCCGAGCCUGACCUUGGAAACCCAGUAGCAAAUCAAUAUAUAUGUCCUGUUUUCAAAUCUGGCACGCAAGAUGAAUGGGAGUUUGGAUUACAACGAGUGAUCAAUUUUCCAGAAUCACGAGUGAGAAGUGAACGCACCUAUUUGUUAAAAACCCUUGCUGGAUGUCCUGUACAAGCUUCUAAAAUUAACCGACUUCUGAAUUUAACUGUCCUGGAAGACAAUGGUAACUUCACAGAUAAUGACAUAAACCUGAUCUUCAAAAUGCUUUCUGGAGGGUCUAGCGGAUACAUGGCAUUAUUUGACUUUCUACAGAAGAACUGGGAUGCCAUCAAGUUAAGAUUCAAAGAUCGAGAAAUGUUGUGGAACAAUUUGAUCAACUCAGCAACUGGCCUGUUCACUACCCAAGAAGGUUACGACAUGGUGUCUCAAUUAUAUGUACAACGCCAGGGUGAAUUUGGAACGGCUCAGCACAUUAUCGAAAAAUCGCUGAAGAACAUCAAAGAAGAAACCAAGUGGAGUCAAGAGAAUCUUCCGGUUAUUGAAAAGUGGUUGGAUAACUUCCUAAACCAGCAUAAGAUUAGUGAUGACAGAUUUAUAAGGUGAAAAAAUCUAAAUUUGCUAAAACUUGAUUAAAAGUGCAUAGGGAUUUAUCAAUGAAUCAUUUAAUAAAAGAGUAUUCCUGUACAUAUUUUCCAUAAUAAUUCAUUAAAUUCUAUUUUGUUCCUUUACAUUCGUUCCUUUUCAUGUACUUUCUAAGACAGUUCUUUUUCUAAUUGUAGUGCACUGUUUUAUUGAAAAUGUAUUUAAAAUUCGAUAGAUAUGACAGCACCGAUUUUUGUUUCUUACAAAAUAAAGGCCUUAUGAUGUAAGAACGUGAUUGAAGCUUUCUUUUUGCAGACUACGAAGUCUUCAUUGGAAUGCUAUCUAUUUGCUUAACAUUUCUACAUUGAUAAUGUAUCUUCCUCUAAGGUUUAGCUCCUGAGAAAAGAUAUUAUAUCCGUGUUGAAACGUUGGGCACUCCGUUAUAUUCUCGUACAGAUUGCGUAGCUAGGAAAAUGUAAAAACUACUAUUGUUUUCAAUGUAUGGGUAUUUUUAGGUGACCGAAAAUACCAAUAAAUUGGAAAUGAUUAAGUGAACGGUGAAGAAAAUCAAAGCAACGUCAAAAUACGCAUAUCUGUCGAAAGAUAAAAACUCUAGUGGAAUUAAAUGAUAUAGUACUAAAUUCUGAUUUCAAUUAUACAUUUCUAAGAAAAAACGAUUGUAUUAGGCGAUAAACCUGUCCAUUUUGUAUUUCAAAAUAUGAUUCGUUUUAAUUGCAACCAAAACACUGGGGGCUUACUAUCACAUAUAGAAAAGAUUUGCAGCAAAUAAAUAAAUUUAUUUUAUGUAAAAA